GAACGGUGAGCUCUCUCCAGCUGUUAUUCUAUAACCAGCACCUGGGCAAGAGGAAAGGAGUGGAGAGAAGGCUGUCCCUCAUUUGUUACGGUUAUCUACAGAGUUGAGUGGAGCAGUGACCAUGGAGAACACCAGGAGACGACUGCAGCACAGUGCCAAUGGGAAAAGAUCUGAACAGAAGGAGCAGCUAGCACAGUGGGGGAGAGCGUGGGAGGUGGACUGGUUUUCCCUCAUCAGUGUAAUCGGCCUCCUUUGCUUUGCCCCUUUCAUUGUCUUCUACUUUGUGAUGGCCUGUGAUCAGUACGAGUGCUCCAUCACCCAGCCUGUGUUGGAUCUGUACCAAGGAGAGGCCACCCUGCUCUCCAUUUGGGCCCGGGCACCCUCCUUCUCGUGGUCAGCUGCUAAGAUCUAUGCCAUCUGGGUGAGCUUCCAGGUGUUCCUGUACAUGUGUUUUCCUGAUAUUACCCACAAGUUCAUCCCUGGCUAUGUUGGUGGUGUGCAGGAAGGAGCACGAACCCCAGCUGGCCUGAUUAACAAGUAUGAGAUCAAUGGACUGCAGUGCUGGCUCAUCACUCAUGCACUGUGGUUUGCCAACGCACAUUAUUUCCACUGGUUUUCUCCCACGAUCAUAUUCGACAACUGGAUCCCCCUGCUGUGGUGCGUUAACAUACUGGGCUAUGCUGUGUCCACCUUUGCUUUCAUAAAAGCAUACCUUUUCCCCACCAACGCUGAGGACUGCAAGUUCACAGGGAACAUCUUCUAUAACUACAUGAUGGGCAUUGAGUUUAACCCCCGCAUAGGCAAGUGGUUUGACUUCAAGCUGUUCUUCAACGGCCGGCCCGGCAUCGUAGCCUGGACUCUAAUCAAUCUGUCCUACAUGGCCAAGCAACAAGAACUCUACGGUUACAUCACCAACUCCAUGAUCCUGGUGAAUGUACUGCAGGCUAUUUAUGUACUGGACUUCUUCUGGAAUGAGGCAUGGUACCUGAAGACCAUCGAUAUCUGUCAUGACCACUUUGGAUGGUAUCUGGGCUGGGGAGACUGUGUUUGGCUGCCAUACCUCUACACACUGCAGGGUCUGUACCUGGUGUACCACCCAGUCCAGCUCUCCGAUGCCCACGCCCUCGCUGUCUUGCUGCUCGGCCUCGUUGGGUAUUACAUCUUUCGCUCCACCAACCACCAGAAGGAUCUGUUCCGCCGCACAGAGGGCUCCUGCUCCAUCUGGGGCCGCAAACCAACAUGGAUUGAGUGCACAUAUCGCUCCGCUGAUGGCGGCAUGCACCGCAGCAAGCUCCUGACCUCAGGCUUCUGGGGCGUGGCCCGCCACUUUAACUACACCGGUGACCUGAUGGGCUCUCUGGCCUAUUGUGCCUCGUGUGGUUUUGGCCACAUACUUCCAUAUUUCUACAUUGUUUACAUGACUAUCUUGCUGGUCCACCGCUGUGUUCGCGAUGAACACCGCUGCAGCAGCAAGUAUGGCAAAGACUGGAAACGCUACACCGAUGCGGUGCCUUCCCGGCUAAUUCCUGGAGUGUUUUAGAGUGUGGACGGGGUGGGGGAAUAAUAGGAGGAAGGAAGGGUGAGCGGGGAAAAGAUAAAUAAAUACAGAAAUUUUGAAAUGCUUGUAGGAUAGCAUGAUAAACAUGAGUUUUAUACACAUCGGGAAUACAUCACUGGACAUUCUGCACAUUUUAUAUGUGCUGUAUUUUUAUACAUCGUGCCUGUAUUACGUGUGUAUGCAGGCAGAGUAGAUUUAUUGCUGUAACUUUCGCCUCAGUAAAGACAGUUUGAUGCACAAAUCUAUUUUCUUUAAGCUCUGACGAUUUCAAACACAUUUUUUAACAAGAAGGACCAAACACAGCCUAACCAGCUCACACCAAAAUCAGGAGCAUAUAGAGCUAGUUCUGUAAUUCCUUUUUAUCUCCAACUACACAAUGCUGUGGUUUGUAUAUGAAUGAUGUGGAAAUUGAUAUGAGUCAUUUAUAAAAAGUAAGUUUUGAUUACAAUUUAUCUCCUGGGAAUUUCUUUUGACUGACCAUAAGUUUUUAAGAUGAUGCUUAGCUCUGAAUUACUUAAUAGCUGGCUCUAUUCGCAGGUUCACUGAAAAAACAAUGUUCUUUUUAUAUAAAGGUGUCACAUUGUUCAUUAGCAUUUGCAAGAUUCUCAUUUCUAACCAGCAGGAGAAUUUUGUUACACGAGCCAGGUUGUGUAAUGGCUUAUCUUGUUGGUGAAUGUUUGGUUUUUU